AUGUCUCCCAUACAAGAUCGAACAAAGAGGGUAAAGGACGCCAAAUCGGAAGCUCAGAAGGAGAUCGAGGAAUACAGAAAGAAGAAGGAGGAAGAGUUCAAGAAGUUUGAGUCCGAGCAAUCUAGCGGGAACAAGAAGGCCGAAGACGACGCAAACAAGGACGCAGAGGCCAAAGUAAAGGAGAUCGACCAGGCAGGGAAGAACGCAGGAUCGAAAGUUGUCGAGGAUCUGAUCAAAACGGUCAUGUCCCCGAAUCCUGAAGUGCCGGAUAAGAUCUCGAGAGAGGACUGA